CCACUUUGAUCAAACUGAACAGGAUCAAGCGUUAUUCCAUUCGAAGUCGAAUGGAUCGCAUAUUUUUUGGGGAUUCUUUCGAAUUUGAGCAUUUGUUGUAAAACAUCAUACUUCUGUCACCAUCAGGAGUAUCACCCGGAGUUUUAGCGGCAGCUCAUGUACCCGUGAUACUGGGUUUGUUUGAGGAAGCGACCGUCAGUGUCAUGGCGGACAGAGAGGAGUGCACUAUGGAUGACCCGGCCCCGGUCGAGUCAUCUCCAAGCGCCACAUCCCCACAAGGUGCAGGAGUCGCAGGUGCGGCGGAACCCACCGAGGAGGUCUGGAGCGCGGAGGACGUCGGCGCCGAAUACGGCUCCGAGGCACUGCCCGACUCCGGCACAGACCUCUUCCAGUCUGAACCGACCGACGCACCCACGAGGUCGGCGACCGCUCUGCCCAUAUCCAAGAUAAAGAAAAUCAUGAAGUUUGAUCCGGAUGUCACUAUGGCAAAUCAAGAGGCUGUCUUCUUGGUUUCAAAAGCCACGGAAAUGUUCAUCGAGGCUCUUGUCAAGCAUGCUGGCACCUGUUUGUCACAUGGGAAAAGAAAAACUGUGCAGAAGCGUGAUAUCGAAUCUGCCGCUGACUCUGUGAACAAUUUUGCGUUUCUUGAUGGUGUUCUGGAGGCGAUGUGAUAUAUGUCUGAACUGUUUGCUUGUUUUAUAAUAAAGAAAUGUGCUCUUGUUUAUAGUUACUGCUAAAGGCAUGACGCCUCCUCUUCUUUUAGUUGAGCAUUUUUUAUUCAAUGACAGAAUAUUGCUUAUUUUUCGAAAGAUUCGAAGGAACCGCGCGUUUUGCUUUUUGGUUACGGUAUAAGUGGCUAUAAUUAAUCCAGCGUUACCCGUCUAAGCGGUGCAUAGCAUUGUAUCCCCAUGUAGAUAAUAUUAUCUAUAUAGAUAAUAUUAUUUCUUUCAGAUCUGUCAAUCAGUCAAUCAAUCACUGAUUGCCGGAUCUGAAAGAAAUCGUCGUUCAACUUGACUACUGGCGCUGGCAAGCCCUAUGCCGGUACUUCCUGGCGUUGAAGGGGAAGAUUGAAGAUAACCUAAGAGGGGCCGGGACCGAUAAUAAAGUUAUUCACAGGCAUUUAAACUUAUAAACGUUCUCCGAUUAGACUGUUAUUGCCGGUUUAUGCACUUGGCAUUGGGGCGGCUGCGUUGUUGCAUUUGGAUUAAAAUGGAUUACCUCCAGUGUGGGCCGUUUUACGUAGAUGUGUCGAAUGUAUGUUCAUGAGGUGUGCCAUAUGCCUUGAAUCAAAGGAAUGAAGUCAAAUGAAAUAUGCUAUAAUCCUGGCGAAAUGAUGCUCACAAAGUGCCCUCGCGAUUAAUCCGCUUGCGAACAACAUUUAUUUCAGUGUCUGAGGUGAGGCCGCUCUGGAAUGAGUGAUGAGUGUUUUCUGUUGCUAGUAGGUAUAUUUUCAUUUUCAUGGCUAUGGUAAUUACCUCUGAUUAGCAUCCAUCAGCUCGCGCGUAAUGCAUAUAGGGGACCAUUGGUUAUUUAGCCUUGGGAUCAUUGAAUGAGCGGUGAAGAUAUAUGCACGGCCAGUUUUGCCCUGUUUGUAAUUUCGCGCGGGAAUAAAAAUCGGACUCCGCUAUGCUCGUGUUCUUUGCCCGGAAUGCUGCGAAUGUUGCAAGACAAUGGCGCUUCGCAAUUUGCAAAAUGAUUUCAUUCAACGCUUGGAAGGGCACCGUACCGAAAUUCCGACCCAUAAAAGACUGGAAAAGACCCGCAAAAAGCUAUGAAAACGUGGUUAUUCCUAAUUUUUAGUUGUCCGAUUCGCUAGUCGGCUGAUAAGUCCAACGUUUUGGCAGCAGAAAUUGAGCAGUGUCAGCAGAGUUUUCUGAACAGGUGUUGGGCUGUGCAUUUGCAUUUUUACCCAUUGUUUGUAAUUUUAUUUAUUUCUAAAAUUGUAUUAUUGCGCUAAAAUAUUGGCUGCAUGCCUUGAUUAUUCAAUAUAAUUUCAAGGCUUCUUCAUGUCAUCAAAGGAUGAGAUUGAAAUACUUUCAGUGGUGCAGAAAUCCUCUGAAGGGCACACAUGUCCCCGCUGUGGCCUAACACUGGGCACUGUCUCACUGCUGAGUCAUCACCAGCUGCUGCUCUGUGACCAGAGGACGCCGGCGGAAAGUCGCCAUGGCAGAUGUGUCAUUGAAGUGGCUAAGCGGUGCGGUCUGGACGAGCUGCACGUGUUCUCCCUGGAGCGAGAGGCCGGUCUGGAGCGGCGCCGGCCGGCCGGCGGUCCGCGCGCGCCGCCGCCCGAGCCGCCGGCCGGCGCCACCCUGGAGCAGCGUCUGGAGGCGAUCGGCCGACUCACCCUGGAAGACCUGCCCGACGAGCUGGUGGAGCGUCUGCUGAGCGAGGCAGCCAGCUACGGCGGCGGCGGCGGCGAGCCGGAGCCGGGCCGCAGCCAGCUCUACCAGCUGGACAACUCUGCGCUGUCGUACGAGGUGCUGCGGCUGCCGCAGUACCAGGAGCUGUUCGACCGGCUGCGCCAGGAGGCGGCGGCCGUGUCGCCGGCGCCGCUGGACACGGCCGCCUGUCGACAGGCCGGUAUCGGCCAGCCGCUGCUGCAGUCGCUGCUCCAGCAGGCCGAGCAGCUGCGCGCCGACACCCAGAGCGAGUUCGUCGAACACCACUUCUGCCGCCAGUGUCAGGAGCACGUGGAGCGCGCGCUCGUGCUGAACCACGUCCACGCCGGCCUGGCCAACACGUGCGGCUUCUGCGGCCUCACCGUGGGCUACUCGACUGAGCUCAAGGCCCACCUGAGCAAGCAGCACCACAUGCAGCGGAAGCUGACGUGCCCGCUGUGCCGGACCCGCCACGCCACGCCGCACGCGUACCGGAACCACGUGCUGACGCACAACAUGGACGACGAGCUGCUUCUGCCGGGAGAGAACGAUCCGCGCCUCGCCAACGGCAACCGUACGUCCGAGUGGCAGUGUGAACUGUGCCGCGAAAUGCCCAUCGGCGUGUCGGUCAAAUUCCGAGACAUCCGGGAGCACGUCACCAGCGGCUGUCGGAUGCUGCACCUCUCAGAGGCAGAGUUCAACCGGCGCUUCCACCCACCACCGCAGCGGGAGAUGUGAGAGACGGACACAGCCCAGCUGAUCCGAUCAGCUCACGGUAAUCAAUCCGCUGGGGUUGGAAUAUCUGCUGUCCUUGUUAAGCAAAGAUGGCGACAUCUGCUGUCCUGGCCCGCCUGUACGGUAACAUGAGCUGGGGUGGGUAUAUCCGCCGUUCCGUCCCGAUGAAAUGGGGAUAGGUUCCCGAUGCCCUGGCCCGCUCGUAUGGAUAAGGUUGUUUGCUGUCCCGCCCCUCUGAGACGGUGAUAUCAGCCGCUGUCCUGGCCCGUUCGUACGUUUUGCGGUAGCCAUCGCCAGUAUCAGCUGCUGAAUUCUGAUCUGAGUCCCAGGGAUAUCGGGAACUUCUCUCAAAACAAAGCAUUUCGCUGUCGGAUGCCUGACGAACGAUAGCUGUUGUUGGGUAGAUUAGAGAGUAUGUUUCAUUGUUAUAUUUGCCGUGAAAAUUCGUCGUGACCACCGGACGUUAUAAGACUUAAGAGGCAAUUUAUUUGGGUGACUCGUACAGUUUCAUGUGCUUGUGCACUUAGCUUUGAUUAUUGCAAGUUAUGGAGUGCUUGGACUGCUGCCAAGGGAAGCUCAAACAUUUAUAGGGGAAGUUUCGUUAUUUUUUUCUUGUGUUUAUAUGCCGGA